UCAAUGGGCACAGAUUCUGGGAAGUGGAGGAAAGAGUGAUGCAGGAUUAAGACAACUGUGUUGCACGUUAAAGACGAAAUUGAAAAUACCACUUCCUUGUUUCUUGUCAUUUCCAGUUCAGUUAUCCUCAAUUAAGAAUUAAUCUUGUGCCGAAUUUCUGAAGAAACAGUUCAGAUAUACUAGUCUGGUGAUAAUUUCAAGUCUUUACAUAGAAAAAGGAGGCUCAGUUGGGCAAUAUCCAAGACCUAAGGUUAACCUUUAUUGUUACUGACGUUAGUAAGAGUGAGACUUGAGUAAGUAAAGGUUGUCGCAAACACAGUUGGCAAGAGUGUCAAAGUUUAAUUGCUGAGGAGAGUGACUGAAGCCUGGAAGUAUAGUUUGUUGUGAACACAGAACUCUGUUUAGACAGUGAUGCAAAAUAUAGCUAGUUCUUUCAUUAGAGGCUUUGGCUUAAGCUCAGUGUCCGGACUUGGUGUGAGUUCCUCAAAGCUUACCUUAAAGAGGAGCAAUCAGUGGUAUGUUACUCUAAAUUUACCCUUUAAGAUUGGGAUACAUGCUAAGAAUAGUGUGUUCUCUUCACAUAGUGUCAGUUAUUCUACAUGUAAAUCAAAAGUUAGUUCUGUGUCAAAUUCUUUGAGCAAUACUUUCAUUGGGCAUUGUAAAAAUUACAGUAUUGGUAGUCAUUUACGGAUUUAUAAAAAUAUGCAUAUAAACCCAAAUCUGUCAUUGGCAACUUCUGACGUAAGCCAGCUUAAAGCUAAUGUACAGAAAAACUUUGGUCAUCGUUUCAUAUCAACUAGUUCUUUGUCUGGCUGUAGUCAAAAAACAGAGUCUUCAGACAUGUGUGAUAGAUUUGGGAACUCUGAGCAGGGAAACACAAAGUGUGUAAAACAUAUAUUAGAAAAGGAUGUUGAACUACAGUCAAUUUUGGAAGAUAUCAAUGAUGAUUUUGAAGGACCUUCAUUUCAUCCACAGAUUGAUAAAGGAGUUUAUGAAGGUAGAAAUCUGAAUAGUUUUGAAAAUGAAUGUUAUGAACAGCAGCCAUGGAUAGCCUGUGAUUUUCAGGAAAAUGACUUUUCAGACAUAGAUAUAACCUAUUUAUUUUCAAACCAAGUGUUUGAUACUAAGUGUGAUCAAGAUGAAACAAAAGAAAGAAGUUUUGCUAGUGAAACUGGAAAGAUUGGCUCAUCUAGCUCUCACUCAUGUUGUAGUAAACAUGAGCCUACAGUGUCAGCAGACAUAAGAGUUUCAACACCAGAUUCCAUUAUCAACUAUGAUCUGUUCCAUUACAUGGGAGAAAUAUGUCCUCUGGGAAAAGAAUCUCAACAAGGAGUAUUAGAUAUAAUAAGGAAGAACUUGGAAGAAAUGUCAGUGAUUGAAAUUCCAAAAUCACUUAAGCACAUUGACUACUUAAUCCUGGGAACAACCAGUUCACCCCAGCAACUCGAUAAGCUGAUAACUCAAGUUCAAGUGUUGUCCAGACUCCGAUACCAGUCAAAGUGACAUAGAAAACCUGUCAAUCAAAGUGAGGCCACUACCAUACAUCAACUGAUUGUGGCCAUGUCUUGUAGGUGUUACAAACCAGGUGACCAUUGAUGUUUUUUAUUAAUGGCACGUUAAUCUCACGUCAUGCUUCACACCUCAUACUGCACUGAUGAUCACACAAUCAUGUAUACAUGGUCA